UCUCUCUCUCUCUCUCUAAGCUCUCUUUAUCCUCUCUCUAGCAGAUCCUACUUCUCAUCUUCCAGAAUCCCUCCACAACCCAUACGAAUCUCAAGAUUCUGCAACAAUGCCGAACACAAGAGACAGACUAUCUAGGGCGGAGGACCUAAUUGGCAUGUAUAGUCGUCGUCGACGGAGGACAGUUGAAGGAUGUGGCAUUGCGAUUUUUGAGGAUGAACAAGAGGAGAGGGCUACGAUGAAUUUUAGUGCUGGUGAUUGGAAUGGUGCCAGAAGAAGGGUCGGUAUUGGGAUGCCGAGAAAUGGGAACUCGGCUAGGGUGAUUGGUCGAGAGAACAUUUCGCAGGGACGAGGAGGGCAUAGUGUCCUUCCUUCUUGGUAUCCAAGAACUCCUCUUCGGGAUAUCACUUCCAUUCUGAGGGCUAUCGAAAGAAGAGGAGCUCGCUUGGGAGAGAGCGAAGGCCAACAACUUGAGAGUCCUAUACCACAGGACUGGACUGUUUUUGAUCCUUCUGACUCUACAUCAGGUGCUCAACUUGAGCACGAUAAUUCGUUUAUGACUCCACAUCCAACAUUGAGAAGCAGGCAUUAUCCCAAAUUUGUAGGUAAAGUACCAAAGAUAUUGCUCGAUAUCACUUAUCAGAACGACUCGGGACACUCCGAUGGCCUCACACCAGAGAGAAAGCUGCUGCACUCAAUUGACAAAGUUGAAAAAGCAGUGAUGGAAGAACUGCAUAAGUUGAUGAGGACUCCCAUUGCUAAGAAACAAGAAAGGGAAAAAAGAGUUGGGACUUUGAUGUCCAUGCGCUGAUUCACCAUU